AUGGAGGAUGAGCUAUACUGGAAACAAAAUGACCCAAGUUGCUGGCGACAAAAUGGGACAGGAUAUUGGAAGCAAAACCUUUAUUUAUUACAAGAAGGUGCUCCAAAACCGAGGGCAGUUAAAUGUUUUCCACCUCCGGAAAAUGUUCCACCACAGUAUGGAUCAGAAUUUCAUGGCUUAAUUGAGCGAGAAUUCGCUGAACGCAUGUUGUUGGAGGCCGGAGAAGGUGCCUUUCUUGUAAGAGCAUCGAAACGGUCUCCGGACGCAGCUACACUUUGUAUGGUUUUUGACAACCAUGUGCUAAAUUACAAGCUAUAUUAUGAUGGGUUUCAUUAUGUUGGAGAAAAAAGGUUUGAAACAAUUGAAGACCUAGUGGCAGAUGGACUAAUAACUAUGCAUGUAGAGAAGAACGCGAAUGAUUAUAUACAACGAAUGGCUGAUGAUGCAGUUUACGAACAAAGUCCAUACUCACAGUACCAGAAGGCAACUAAUACUCGCCGUUCUUCUGUAUCCCGAUGUCAUAACUUCGUCUCUGCAACUUUUCGCAUACCGCAUUAUUGCGACUACUGCAGAAAUUUUAUGUGGGGACUUGUUCAGCAGGGCGUAAAAUGUGAGGACUGUGGUUUUUGCGCCCACAAAAAAUGCAGUGAACGGACCUUACAUGAUUGCCGUCCAGAGGCAAAAUAUGUCAAACGUAUGUUUGCUGUGGAUAUAAGCACUCUUUGUAUGGCUCACUCAGUAUCUGUUCCCCCAGUCGUUACUUCUUGUAUAGCUGAGGUCGAAAAACGAGGUUUAGACGUAGAAGGCAUUUAUCGUGUUUCUGGUUCGCAUGAGCAAAUGGAAAAGUUACGGAGACAGUUCGAUACUUUGCACAAGGUAGACUUGACAGUCGUUGAGGAUAUUCAUACAGUUGCUGGUUUACUGAAGCUUUAUUUGCGCCUUUUACCUCAACAGUUAGUGCCUUUUUCUGUGUACAGAUCUUUACUAACUGGAUUUACAACUAGUCGAACGCCUCAUGAACAGUCUAAGGCUUGCAGUAAAGCACUACAAGACCUGAAUGAAGCGAAUGGCCGCACGUUAUCAGUAUUGCUGCUUCAUAUGCAGAAGGUGGCAAAGCAUUCUGGUAAAAAUAAAAUGAGUGUUGAGAACCUGGCUACGAUUUUUUCCCCUACUAUAUUUUGUUCUGGAAAUACUCCUGCACUUCCGCAACAACAGCAUCAUCUGUUAAAUUUUCUCAUUCAACAUUCUAAUAACGUUCUUCUCCGUUUCAGUUAA